AUGGAACCCAUCGGAGGCCCCACGAGCUCUGAAUCGACCCUGACGACAGUGGAAGAAUCGCCUGCUAAGAAGAAGAUCGAAGACCGACCGGGCCUGGAGCCUGCAAAGUUGUACAGAGGGACACGCAGUGGAAAGGCUGCCGAGGAGCUUGGCAUUCGCCUUGCGGAACUGCAUGACUUCCUUGUCACCCUCGAGGACAACGCUUUCAUGACCCAGCUUUCUGGGAUGUCUGCUCCCCAACAAAUCUGGGAUGUGAGCUAG